AUUGGACGGAGACGAUUCUUCAUUCCAAAAAUUUCUCACAAUUCGCGAACAACCAAAUACAAUGGAAAUGACAAAGGGUUCUGUUUCCAUAACAGUUGUGAUUUUAUCGUUGUUCCUAUCCGUGAUUUGCUUCGCAGGACUGAUUCACGUCGAGAUAGAACUUCACGCUCAUCGUCAAAUGCUUCAAACCUUGAAUCAACUGAAAGCAGAAAAGCUCGAGCGGAAAAGUUCAACAUCCGAUGAAAUCAGUGAUUUGAUGCAGAUUCUGCGUCCUAGUAUUUCAGACAAAGAAAUGCACUUAAGACCGAGACGCCAUUUAGAAAAUACAACAGGGGAUCCAAAAUCCAGUCAGACCUUCCGCAAUGAACUGGGAAUGGUUCUGAGAAGCUUGGUAUGUACCAUGCAAUGUCCUCAGAGUGUCAAAAAGAGACGAGGAAGGCCUGGCAACAGAGGCCCUCCAGGAAAACGUUGACCACCAGGCCCACAGGGAAUCCAAGGACUAAAGGGGAACCAAGGACCCCAGGGAAGUCAGGGACCGAGGGGAAGCCGAGGCCCCCAUGGAAUUGAGGGACCUUCAGGACCUAUAGGCCCGCCUGGAGCUAAGGGCGAGCCUGGUAAAUCUAUCUCGGCCCCGAGUAUUGUGGCACCUCCAACCUCUCAAGUAGUAAGGGAAAGUGGGACAGCGUCGUUUCAAUGCCUUGCUGAAGGAAACCCAGAGCCUAAAGUAACAUGGUUGAGACAGAAUUCCACUUUGAUCGGCGGCAAACAAGUUGAUCAAUUUCCUUCUGGUCUGUUGAUUAAAAACGUCACCGCAAGAGACAAUGGAGCGUACACCUGCGUAGCUAAAAGCAUUCUUGGGACAGUCAUGGCAGCUGCCACCCUAACUGUCCGCGAAAUUGAUGAAUGUUUCAGUAAUCCCUGUUUGAACGGAGGGACGUGUGUUGAUCAGGUGAAUGGAUAUGUUUAUAACUGUCGGCUUGGAUACAAAGGAAACAACUGCCAAACUGAUAUCAACGAAUGUUCCAGUAAUCCCUGUUUGAAUGGAGGGUCGUGUUUUAAUCUUGUCAAUAGAUAUGCCUGUGCCUGUCAGCCUGGAUACGCAGGAGUGCACUGCCAAAAGAAUAUGGAAGAAUGCUCCAGCAAUCCCUGUUUAAACGGAGGGACGUGUGUGGACCAAGUAAAUGGUUACGUCUGUAACUGUCACCUUGGAUACGGAGGAGUUCAUUGCCAAACCAGUAACUUAUACAAGUACGGGAACUCCAGUUACGUCUUCCGGAUGUCUCAGAAUGACUGGAGAACCAGCUGGUUAAGAAGCAGACGACAGUGCAAGAAGGCUGGAUGUGACCUUGUUUCUAUCGAGAGUCACGAGGAAUGGUUAUUUAUAAGGCAAACUAUUCAAACUUUGAAAACCAUGGAGUACUUCAUAGGCUUACGGCGAGAUUUUCAAACUGGAGAGUGGAAAUGGAUAAGUGAUAACAGCACAGUGCAAGCGUCCUCCAAGGGUAAAUGGCCCUGGGCUAAAGGAGAACCCAGCAACUGGGGACGUCGCCAAAACUGCGUGGAAAUGUACAAGGAUUAUAGACAUGACUACGGGCGAUAUAACAAUGUGGAAUGCCACGUCUAUAUGCCAUUAGCAGGAUUCAUAUGUGAAGGGACGCGUGAAUGCCACUAUGAAAGCGAUACCGGAAACAGCGCCAGAUGGGUCAAGCAAGGACGGAACUCUGUAGUUGACCGAAGACACCCAUAUCUUGCCGUAUCUCAGACGAUUCGAGACGAUUCUUCAUUCCAAGAAUUUCUCUUCACUCGUAAACACCCAAAUACAAUGGAAAUUUCAAAGGGAGGUUCUGUUUCCAAAACAGUCGUGUUGUCAUCGUUGUUCCUAUCCGUAAUUUGCUUUGCAGGACUGAUUCACGUCGAGAUGGAACUUCACGCUCAUCGAAAAAUGUUUGAACACUGGCAACCGAAAGCAGAAAAGCUCGAGCAGGAAAGUUCAACAUCCGAUAAAAUCAGUCCUUUGAUACAGACUCAGCAUCAUAGUUUUUCAGACAAAGAAAUGCACAUAAGACCGAGGCGCAAUUUAGAAAAUACAACAGUGGAUCCAAAAUCCAGUCAGACCAUCAGUAAUGAAAAUGUCAAGAAAUUGGGGAUUGUUCUGAGAAGCUUAGUAUGUACCAUGCAAUGUCCUCAGAGUGUCAAAAAGAGACGAGGAAGGCCUGGUAACAGAGGCCCUCCAGGUAAACGUGGACCACCGGGGCCACCGGGAAUCCAAGGACCAAAGGGGAACCAAGGACCCCAGGGAAGUCAGGGACCGAAGGGAAGCCGGGGCUUCCAAGGGGUUCAAGGACCUUCAGGACCUAUGGGUCCACCUGGAGUUAAGGGCGAUCCUGGUAAAUCUAUCUCCGCCCCGAGCAUCGUGGCACCUCCUGUCUCCUUAGUGGUAAAGGAAACUGAGACUGCCUCGUUUCAGUGUCUUGCGAAAGGAAACCCAGAGCCUAAAGUAACAUGGCUGAGACCGAAUUCUACUUUAAUCGGCGCCAAACGAGUUAAUCAGUUGCCUUCUGUUCUUUUGAUAAAAAACGUGACCGCAAGAGACAAUGGAGGGUACACUUGCGUAGCUGAAAACGUACUUGGGACAGUCACAGCAGCUGCUAUCUUAACUGUCCUCGAAAUCGAUGAAUGUUCUAGUAAUCCCUGCUUAUACGGAGGGACGUGUGUUGAUCACGUGAAUGGAUAUCGUUGUAACUGCCAACCUGGUUACGAGGGGACCAACUGCCAAACUGAUUUCAACGAAUGUUCCAGUAAUCCUUGUUUGAACGGAGGGACGUGUGUUGAUCUUGUGAAUAGAUAUGUCUGUGCCUGUCGGCCUAGAUAUGCAGGAGUACACUGCCAAACGAAUAUGGAUGAGUGCACCAGUAAUCCUUGUUUAAACGGUGGGAAGUGUGUUGACCAGGUAAAUGGCUACAUUUGUAACUGUCAGCCUGGAUAUAGAGGAGAAAACUGCCAAACUGAUAUCAACGAAUGCUCCAGCAAUCCCUGUUUGAACGGAGGAACGUGUGUUGAUCAGGUGAAUGGAUAUGUCUGUACAUGCGACAAGAAGUAUAAGGGAACUCAAUGCGAGAGAAGAUGGCAAUGGCGAAGCUAUUCACCAGAGUGGUGUGGUGGUGAUAAUCGCGAACGGAUUACAACUGGUGUGACCUUAGAGCAUUGUAAACAAUUAUGUUCUGAUUGCGCCGCUAUUGAGUAUUGGUCUGGUGGAUCACGGUAUUGUUACAAAUGCUUUGAUCACACAAAACGGAGACCCUAUACAUACACUGCAGACGGUUCAUAUCCACCACACGUGUUAAUGAAAGGGUUCAAUGUGGUCAGCGGUCGUUCUGAUUUGGACAAAGCUAGAAUCGACAUUCUUGGUAACAAUGAAAAUGAUUGCGAUACUUGCGAUUCCAGAAUCGGUACGAUCGCGGCUGUGGUUGUUGUGGGGGUUCUAUAUCUGGCUUCCGCCAUCUGGCGAGACUUAAUUCUCACCAAGAACGCCAUCAAAUCCCUAGAAUCCCGGUUUGAAAUAACUGUGGAAAAAAUGCUACAUAAAAGGGAACAAGAUUCGAGAACCUUCAUCAAGGACGCCAUGAGCACCUUAGAAAGACGCCUGGCGACAAAUGUGAGGAGACUUGUUAGAGAUAUGGAUGAGUGCACCAGUAAUCCUUGUUUAAACGGUGGGAAGUGUGUUCACCAGAAAAGUUGGUACAUUUGUAACUGUCAGCCUGGGUACAGAGGAGUAAACUGCCAAACUGAUAUCAACGAAUGCUCUAGCAAUCCCUGUUUGAACGGAGGAACGUGCGUUGAUCAGGUGAAUGGAUAUGUAUGUACAUGCGAUAAGAACUACAAGGCAGCUCAAUGUGAGAGAAGAAGGCAAUGGCGAAGCUAUUCACCAGAGGGGUGUGGUGCUGAUAAUCGUAAAAGGAUUGCACACGGUGUGACGUUGGAGAAUUGUAAACAAUUAUGUUCUGAUUGCGCCGCCAUUGAGUAUUGGUCGGGUGGACCAGGGAGUUGUUACAAAUGUCUAGAUCACUCAAAACGGAAACCUUAUACGAACACUAGAGACAGUACAUAUCCACCACGCGUGCUGAUCCAGGAUUAA